AUGGUCAGUUUCGAUAUUGAAUCUCUCUUCACCAAUGUUCCUGUCACCGAAUCUUGCCGAAUCGUCUCGAAAGUGCAUGACGACACCCUCCCCGACAGAACUCCCCUGACACCAGAUGAAAUACAUGACCUCAUGUACUUCUGCCUCAACUCUACUUCAUUCAAAUGGCGAGACAAUUACUACCAGCAACUUCAAGGCGCAGCCGUGGGAUCGCCUCUUUCCCCGGUUAUAGCCAACAUCUUCAUGGAGCACUUCGAAACAACGGCACCCCAGACUCUCUCACAACGCCCUUCUCUCUGGCUCCGAUAUGUCGACGACACAUUCGUCAUCUGGCCACAUAACAGACGUGACUUAGGCCACUUCCUCGCCCACAUCAACCAGCAUCACCCGAGCAUCAAGUUCACCAUGGAGACCGAGCAAAACAACAGCACCCCUUCCUACACGUCCUCGUUACCAAAUCGCCAUCCGGCAAGCCCGCUCACCAAGUCUACAGGAAACCCACACACACCGAUAGAUAUCUUCGCUACAGAUCCUUCCACCAUCCAUACGUACUACAAUCAGUCCACAACGCCCUCAUCCGGCGAGCCCAUCAACUCAGCGAUGUCGACCAUCUAG